GGUUAGUGUACCAUUCUGUUUAUGGAAAAGUAAAAGAAAACGGCAAAACAGUGUUAUCCAUCCACAGAACACAAUUAUCGCACAGAAAAAUCAUUGAAACAAAACCAACUCUCAAGAAUUGAAGAUGACAAUUAUGGUGAAGCAAUUGCAUCUUUCACAGAGUCAUUUUCUGUGUGAUCCUUUGUUAACAUCACCAAAAUCUACUGUUAAACGCAUUUUCUUGGCAUCCCUCGAAGCUCACAAACAUACCAAGAACACUUUAAAAUGCAUCCACAUUGAUUUCAAGGAAAUUUUGCAGUUUAGACAUCCUGCAGCAGCAUUAACCGUGACUAAUGCAUUGAUGAUGGCUACACCUUUAGACGCCUUGGCUCAAACAUGUGAAAGCAAUACUUCUGUCUUCAAUAUGCCAUUAUUGCUGCUUGUUGCCCUCAUUGGGGCCACCGUGGGAGGACUAGUUGCGCGUCAGAGAAAAGCGGAAUUGCAGAGGUUGAAUGAGCAGCUCCGCCAGAUUAAUGCGGCACUAAGAAGGCAAGCCAAAAUAGAGUCCUAUGCACCUGCCUUAAGUUAUGCUCCUGUUGGUACUAGUAGGAUUUCAGAAAGUGAAGUGAUUAUUGAUCCAAGAAAGCAGGAAUUAAUUUCUCACUUGAAAAGUGGAAAGACUUUUCUGAGGAAUCAAGCCCCAGAAAAGGCAUUUUUGGAGUUUAAAACAGCUCUUGAGCUUGCACAGGAUGUAAAAGACCCUAUAGAGGAAAAGAAGGCAGCAAGGGGCUUAGGGGCAUCAUUACAAAGGCAGGGCAAGUACAAGGAAGCCAUUGAAUACCACUCUAUGGUUCUUGAUAUCUCGGGAAGAAAUGGAGAGGAUUCCGGGAGCACAGAAGCUUAUGGAGCAAUAGCUGAUUGUUAUACUGAGCUUGGAGAUAUGGAACGAGCUGCAAAAUACUAUGAUGAAUACAUCGCGAGGCUACAGAGUGACUAAGUCAUCUACGGAAAGACUUGAGUAUAUUUCUCUUGCGGAAAUUUCUUUAUGUUCAUGCAUAGGGAGUAGAAUGUUUAGAGGUUAGGUCUUUUCUCUUGGUAUAUUUCUGUCUUGCAUACAUUAUUUACUGGUUUCUUCUCUGUAUUUAUUUGUUUGUUCCUUUUUU